AUGGCGACCAUGAAUCAUCACAAUGCCCCUCACCCAUUCGACCCCAUGCAGCCGGGAGAGAUUCGCCUAGUUGUGGCAAUUCUUCGUGCUGCCCUGCCCGGCAUUCCUCUUCGUUUUAGGACAAUAGACGUGCAGAAGCCGAUCAAAAGCAAUAUCAUACCUUUUAUCGAGGCCGAGCGCCUCAACAGACCUCUUCUGGAUGUUCCUCGACCGACACGUCUGCUCUUCUCUUACUUCCAUCGAGUCGAUAAUGGUGUCUUCAUCAAAGCCUUGAUCAAAAUGAACGACCGCAAGGUUGUGUCAAUGAAGGAGCUUCCUGCUGGAGUUCAAGGUCCUGCCGAUGUGGACGAGCUCAUCGAGAUGGAGGAGCUUUGCCUCAAGCAUCCUGCCAUUAUCCAGGAAAUUGAGAAAAUGCAGCUACCUCCUGGAAUGAGCGUCUGCACUGAUCCUUGGGUUUACGGCACUGACUCCGACUCCGAAAAUCGCCGACUGUUUCAAUGUUACAUGUAUAUCGUUCCUGUGGACGAUCCUCAGAGUAACCAUUACUCUCUUCCAUGCAUGCGACUUCUCCCCUGUGUUCGAUGCGACUACAAAGCAAUUCAUCCGGAUCGACAACAUGCCGACAGGCGGUCGAGUACGCACCACGAUCUGUUGGACGAGCCCGUUCGCCAGGACCUGAAGCCUUAUAUUGUACAGCAGCCGCAGGGACCAUCAUUCCCAGCUGACGGUCACCUUGUGUCCUGGCAGAAGUGGCGGUUCCGCGUCGGUUUCAACGUACGUGAGGGCAUGGUUCUCUACAAUGUCACCUACGAUGAACGCAAUGUGUUCUAUCGUCUCUCGCUCUCCGAAAUGACUGUCCCCUAUGUUGAUCCGCAAAAGCCUUACCACCGGAAACAAGCAUUCGACGUUGGUGAUGUCGGCCUUGGAAUCACUUGCAACCAACUAAGCUUGGGGUGUGACUGCCUUGGUCAUAUCAAAUACUUUGACGGCCACCGAACAGAUUCUAAAGGAAAUGCCGUCACAUUGAAGAACGUCAUUUGUCUUCACAAGCAAGAUGGUGGGAUUCUUCAUAAUCACAGCAACUACCGCAACGGAAUUGCCACUGUUGUACGUAACUGUCAGCUUGUUGUGCAGAUGAUCUGUACAGUUUCCAAUUAUGAGUAUGUCUUUGCUUGGGUCUUUGAUCAAGCGGGUGGCAUUGAAUUUGAGGUUCACACAACUGGUAUUCUUUCAACCAUGCCAAUCGAUACCUCAAAUGAUAUCACGGUCCCUUGGUCCACUAAUGUUGGCCCCGGCGUUUCUGCUCCAAACCACCAACAUGUCUUCUCCUUGCGAAUUGACCCAGCCAUUGAUGGUUUUAAUAAUACUGUGGUCUACGAAGAUAGUAUAGCGCUGCCAAAGGAAAUUGGGGUUGCCGAUCCAUACGGAGUUGGCUACAUUGCUGCAAGCUCGAUCAUUGAGCAAAGCGGACAUGCAGAGACGGAUAUCUACAAAUCUCGAACUUUCAAGAUUCGGAAUGACAAUGUCAUCAACAAGGUCAGCGGUCGCCCGGUUGCGUACAAGAUUCAAACCAUCGCAAGCCAGCCGAUGUUAAUGGCAACCGAGUCGUUCAAUCGCAAACGUGCACUAUUUGCCGAACACCCUAUCUGGGUUACCAAGUAUCGUGACAAUGAGCUUUAUGCAGCUGGAGUGUUUACAAACCAAAGCACAUCUUCCAACCCCGGUCUCGAAACUUGGGCUGGUCGUGGUGAAAAUGUAAAGAACGCCGAUCUUGUUUUCUGGCAUACGUUCACGUUGACGCACAAUUCUCGACCCGAGGAUUUCCCUGUUAUGGCAGUUGAGCGGAUCAGUGUACACCUCAAGUCAUCCGGCUUCUUCGAGAAGAAUCCCGCUCUUGAUGUUCCCCAGUCAAACCAGGAAUUCAACAAGUCCAGCUUGCAUGACAACAAAAACAACGGGCCUAGCAAGGCGUGCUGUGGAAAAUUGUAA